CAUCUUCUCUAGCUCAAAAGAACCUGGAUACCAACAGGCAGGCCAAUCCUGUGUCUUCCUCUCUGUUCAAAAGCUGCAAGGAAAUCAAGCAGGAGAUGAGCAGGGCACCAGACGGCCUCUAUUUCCUCCGCACUGAGAAUGGUGUCAUCUACCAGACCUUCUGUGACAUGACCACUGCAGGUGGUGGCUGGACCCUGGUGGCUAGUGUGCAUGAGAACAACUUGCAUGGGAAGUGCACAGUGGGCGAUCGCUGGUCCAGUCAGCAAGGAAACAGAAUAGACAGCCCAGAGGGCGAUGGCAACUGGGCCAACUACAACACCUUUGGGUCUGCAGAGGGCGCCACAAGUGAUGACUACAAGAACCCUGGCUACUUUGACAUCCAGGCUGAGAACCUGGGGAUCUGGCAUGUGCCCAACAAUAGCCCCCUGAAAAAUUGGAGGAAGAGUUCCCUGCUGAGAUACCGCACCUUCACUGGCUUCCUGAAUCACAUGGGCCAUAAUCUGUUUGGCCUGUACCAGAGAUACCCGGUGAAAUACGGAGCAGGGAAGUGUUGGACUGAUAAUGGCCCAGCAUUACCUGUGGUCUAUGACUUUGGUGAUGCUCAGAAGACAGCCUCUUAUUACUCCCCCAAUGGCCAGAGUGAGUCUCUAAGUCUCCUCUGA